AUGGCUGACUAUUCCCUCUUUACCAAAGUUAAUGGCGAUUCUUUUACAGGAGUGCUCAUCUACGUUGAUGAUAUUAUCAUUACAGGCAAUAAUCUUGAAGAAAUAGAACACCUUAAAUCUUUCCUUCUCAAACAGUUUCGCAUCAAGGAUCUCGGUGACUUGAAGUAUUUUUUAGGCAUUGAAUUUUCGCGAUCCAAGAAAGGUCUUUUUUUGUCCCAAAGGAAAUAUGCUCUAGAUAUUUUACACGAUGCAGGUUUAACGGGGGCACGGCCAGAAAAGUGUCCAAUGGAACAAAAUGUGAAAUUACAAACCACAGAUGGUGCUAUACUCAAUGAUCCAACGAGAUAUAGGAGGUUGGUUGGAAAAUUAAUUUAUCUUACUGUCACAAGACCAAACAUUGUUUUUGCAGUUCAGAAUUUGAGUCAGUUUAUGCACCAACCCAGAAAACCACACAUGGAGGCCGCACUUCGUGUCUUGCGAUUCAUUAAGGGUACACCUGGCCAAGGAUUGUUUUUCCCGGCUAUAAACAAUCUUGAGUUAAAAGCUUAUUGUGAUUCAAAUCAUGCAUGUUGUCCAACAACAAGAAGAUCAACUACAGGUUAUUGUGUGUUUCUAGGUCACUCCCUUGUCUCAUGGAAAUCCAAGAAACAGCCAACUGUGGCUCGUUCAUCUGCAGAAGCCGAGUACAGGGCCAUGGCGAACACAUGCCUUGAAAUUACAUGGCUGCGAUAUAUAUUGUGA